AGGCGGAUGGCGGCUUCGGAGGCUCAUCGUCUUCGGCGGCAGAGGCGCUGAAACGGGGACGCGAGUCUGGUGCGUCCGGCGGAGGAAGGAGAGCGGCGGCCCCUCCCAACAUGCACAGCCUGGCGACGGCUGCGCCUGUGCCAACUGCACUGGCUCAAGUGGAUAGAGAAAAGAUCUAUCAGUGGAUCAACGAGUUGUCCAGUCCCGAGACAAGGGAAAAUGCUUUGCUGGAGCUAAGUAAGAAGCGAGAAUCUGUUCCUGAUCUUGCACCCAUGCUGUGGCAUUCAUUUGGUACUAUUGCAGCACUUUUACAGGAAAUUGUAAAUAUUUAUCCAUCUAUCAACCCACCCACCUUGACAGCACACCAGUCUAACAGAGUUUGCAAUGCUCUGGCAUUACUGCAGUGUGUGGCAUCACACCCAGAAACCAGGUCAGCUUUUCUCGCAGCACACAUCCCACUUUUUUUAUACCCCUUUUUGCACACUGUCAGCAAAACGCGUCCCUUUGAAUAUCUUCGGCUCACCAGCCUUGGAGUUAUUGGGGCCCUGGUGAAAACAGAUGAGCAAGAAGUAAUCAACUUUUUAUUGACAACAGAAAUUAUCCCUUUGUGUUUGCGCAUUAUGGAAUCUGGAAGUGAACUUUCUAAAACAGUUGCCACAUUCAUCCUCCAGAAGAUCCUCUUAGAUGACACUGGUUUGGCUUACAUAUGUCAGACAUAUGAGCGUUUCUCCCAUGUGGCCAUGAUCUUGGGUAAGAUGGUCCUGCAGCUAUCCAAAGAGCCUUCUGCCCGUCUGCUGAAGCAUGUAGUGAGAUGUUACCUUCGACUUUCAGACAAUCCCAGGGCACGUGAAGCACUCAGGCAGUGCCUCCCUGACCAGCUGAAGGACACAACCUUCGCCCAGGUGCUAAAAGAUGACACCACCACGAAACGCUGGCUUGCACAACUGGUGAAGAACCUGCAAGAGGGCCAGGUCACCGAUCCUCGGGGUAUCCCCUUGCCCCCUCAGUGAUCCCCUAGUCCCCUCCCACUACUCCCCCAAGUUGGGGAAGGGAGGGAGAACCUAUGAGGAAACAGCUCAGGUUUUAUCGCCAACCGGGAAUAGACAACCUCAAUGCUGAACUGCACUGGAGAAAAGGGGCAAAGUUCCCCUGCUGAGGUGUAUGGGCUGCCAUCUCAGGCUGCCUUGAGGACCUGGGCUUCCUCUGCUACUCCCAGGAAAUGGGCUCCUGACACAGCAGUCUGCCACCACAGCCCCAGGAGGUGUCAACACCAGCAAAUGCUGUAUUUGCAGCAUGUCCAAGAUGAUCCUUCUUCCCCACCUCUACCUAGCCACUGGCAGGGAGAGGAGACAGUGGUGAUAGCAACAGCACUCUAGGCAUGGUGAACGCCUGGGACCAAGCCGUGUGGCGUUUUUUAUUUUGCCUUCCUGGAAGACUCAAGAUGUGUCUCUUCAUUCUCUCUCUCAGUAUUUGUUUACUUUGGUUUUUGUUUUAAAUCUCAGAGAGAGGUGUGUUUAGUGGACACAAGCUGUAAUAUUCAGCAAAACUUUGUCAUUUGGCACUGUUUACAAGUCUGUUAGCUGCAUAAGCUCAAUAAAAAGUUGGUCUGGGCAUUACAUCCCCCUCUGGCAGGCCAAUGGUGGCAUCAAACUGUUGGGACGAAUGGGAGACGGGGGAAAGAUGUAAAGCCAAAGGACAGCAGGACCCCACCGCCUGUUUCCCUUCCCCCAUUCUUGUCCUCCCAGUCCCGGAUGCCACAAGAACCUUAACCUUGUUUCUAGCUUUAGCUUCUAGCUUUUCCAAAUCUCAGUUCUUUUCCUUUUUUCACUUCCCUCCUAUUAAACUUAAAACAGACUUCCUAAUUCAUUGGACUGUCCUGAAAGAGUAUUGUAUUGGGGGAGGAGGGGCGAUGGUAGACUUCACCUUCAACCCGUCCUCAAAGAUAUUUUCUGGAUGACUUUUAAAAGGGAGGUGCCUGGGAUUAAGGUGACAGGCUACUUGGUUCCAUUCUUUGUUUUAGUGUGAAUUUCAGCAGCUCCAUCUGUCUUCAUGAUUGCACUUGAAGCAGUGUUAGCUGAAUAAGUUCCUUUUAUUCAGAUUUAAGAUAGAGGGCUGGACUCUGCUUGCUCACUGAUUCUUUUUUUUUUUUUUUUACACAUUCUCUUUUGGCCUAUGGGAAUUACAGGGUUGCCACUAAAAUAUUUUUCACUUGUUUAUAUUGUGUCAGAGAAUUCCCUUUCCUUCUCUGGAGCUUUAGAUGGCUCUGUUCACAAUUCACAGGUUUGAAUCUCUAACCUAGUGUAAACUGCCUUGCUUUUCCCCAGUCCUUACACCUGCUGUCUUUCUCAUCUUCAUCUCUAAUCAAAUAUGGGAUUGCUAAUCCAACUCUAGAGAAGGACCAAGUCUUUUCUGUCCACAUCUCACACAAUUCAAGGUGUCUGACAAGUUUGGGGAGGGUCUGUAAGGGGCAGAAUCAGAGAAACUUUUGCAGAGGCAGUUUUGCCAACACAAGGGCUCUUUCAAGCCGACUUUCACAAAGGGAGCCGGCCUUGUUAGUUGGCUUCUGUCUCUUUAGAGCCAAGAAAGUAGUAAUUAAGUAGCCUAGAUGUAGGAAGGGUAGAAUAAGCACUUACUCCCUUGCAUUCCAAAAUGAAAAGGAGAAACAAUCCAGCUCUCAAUCUCAAGGCUGAAGAGGUCUUGGAGAAAGCAGAGAACAUGGACUGGAUAGAUAUCUUGACUCCCUUCAGCCCAUAGCCUGAUCUGGAGAGUCCAGCUAGGGUAACCCCGAGUUUUGACAACCGCCUUCCUGCUGAGCCAAAGUUUCUCAUUCCCCCUCCACUGGAGAAGCAGCUGAGGCCCAGGACCUUGCUCCCUGGGAAAUUCUUUCUCCAUCUUUUGGUGCAUUGGCCAUGUUAUGUGCCAGUAGUGUCUUAAUUCUUGUCCCAUCUAUUCUCAGCUGGCCUUGGAACCCACAUAAGAGUUGGUGGGGGAGGGGUGGAAUGGGUAUUAUUCCUUGUAGUUGAUCCCAAUGUUGUAUGUAUUAUAUAAAGAGAUCCUUCCCCUAUUUUGUGUUUUCCAUGCCUCACUCCCUCAACAGGAUUGAAAUAAAACAUGCUUCUGUUUUUGUAAAAAUA